AUGGCGACUGUUUUCACUCGACCUUUCCCGACGGAAAAGGGCCAAGAAAUAGUGACAAGAGAGAUUCUAGACAGUACCCCCUCAGAUUCGAAGGAGAGCAUCCCAACUAAUACAGUUGUUGGACCCGAGCUUGGUGUGCCUGCAAAUGAGAAGAAGUUCUGGUGGCAGAGAGGUCGAGGAUAUAACCCCGAUGCUAUUGCAACUCUUCCCUCCGUCUUUGAUGACCCAGAAACCGCCAAACACUAUCAACCUCGCGCCGAUUGGGAGAAUCUCCGACGGUUCGAUCCUUUGGCGAGAUGGACAUGGCGCGAGGAGUACGCUGUACUGCGAAAGAUCGACUUUCGAAUCAUGAUCUUCGCUUGCAUUAUGUUCAUGUCCUUGGAGCUGGACCGCUCGAACUUGACCCAAGCCGUUACAGACAAUUUCCUCGGUGACCUUGGAAUGAACACAAAUGACUACAACUGGGGAAACACCGUCUUCAAACUCAGCUUCCUGUGUGCCGAACUCCCGUCCCAACUGGUUUCCAAGUGGAUGGGCCCCGACCGGUGGAUACCUACCCAAAUGGUCCUUUGGUCCAUCGUUGCCGGUUCACAAUUUUGGCUUUCUGGUCGAGCCAGUUUUCUUGCUUGCAGGGCUCUGCUUGCGCUUUUGCAGGGUGGAUUCAUACCUGAUAUGAUCCUCUACCUCUCAUACUUCUACAAGCACGGCGAGCUUUCUUUGAGACUGGGCUUCUGGUGGACAGCCAUGUCAAUCGCCGACAUCAUUGCCAGUUUCCUAGGAGCUGGUUUGCUUGACCUUCGAGGGCACCUUGGCUACGCCGGUUGGAGAUGGCUUUUCUUGAUAGAGGGACUUUUGACUUUCGGCCUCGGAUUGAUCGCGUUCGUCUUGAUGCCGCCCGGCCCCUGCCAAACUGCCAACUGGGCACGAGGUAAGAAGGGAUGGUUCACAGAACGUGAGGAAACCAUCAUGGUCAAUAGGAUCAUCAGGGAAGAUCCCAGCAAGAGUACAAUGCACAACCGGCAGCCGAUCACCCCGAAACUGCUUUGGCAGAGUUUGACAGAUUACGAUCUCUGGCCUUUGUAUCUCAUCGGGCUGAACUUCCAAACUCCAAUGACGACCCCCACGCAAUACUUGACCCUCUCCCUAAAACAGCUGGGAUUCGGCACUAUCAAGACAAACCUGCUGGUCGUCCCAUCUACAGUCGGGCACAUUAUCACGAUGCUGCUAUUCACAUACCUUGCAGAGAUCCUGGGCCAGCUCUGGAUUUUUGGGUUGCUCGCACAAUUAUGGGCCCUCCCCUUCCUGGCCUACAUCUACGCGGUCGACAUUAACUCGAUCAACAAAUGGACGGCUUUCGGCAUCAUGACUGUCCUUCUUGCGUACCCAAGUACCCAUGCGAUUCAGGUCGGGUGGAGUUCGAGGAAUUCCAACUCGGUUCGAAGCCGUACGGUGAGUGCCGCCGUGUACAAUAUGGCAUGCCAGGCUUCUGGUAUUAUUGCAAGCAACAUCUAUCGACAAGAUGAUCGACCCCGCUAUCGUCGCGGGAACAGGGUCCUUGUCUCGUUGUGCGCUUUGAACGUUGGGAUCUACGCGUUUGCCAAAGUUUACUACGUCUUGCGCAAUAGACAUCGUGACCGGGUGUGGAACAGCAUGACAGAAGAACAGCGCGCCGAGUACCUUGCCACAACGACCGACAAGGGGAACAAGCGUCUGGACUUUCGCUUUGCUAGCUGA